AUGACGGGUUCUGUAAUUUUUUUUGCUUUAUUUUCUUCAUAUUGCUUUGCUUCAUGCUACGCACGAAAUUUAACAUUGGGUAGAAACUUUGAAGAUUCGUUCAAAAGAGUCCCGCGAGCGUCUGAAAAGAAUGAAUUGGGCGAUUCAAAUGUACAACAGAUUAUAUUCAUUUCGUUAUACAGUGUGUUUGUUGCACUUGCAAUUGGAAUUUGCUGUUUGAUUAAAGCUUACAAAUCAAAGAAACGACAGCUCCCGGCAAACAGAUCAAAAGGCAAUGAGUAUCUUCUUGAGCCAACAACGGCGGAUCAGAAGAAAAGAUAUUCAAACAAUAUAGUUCCACCAGAACCAACGCCUUAUCCAAUUACUUCCGGGGAAGAUGAUUUUGGGAAAACUCCUUCUCGUUUGUCAAAUGAAGAAUGCCCUCCAGAACUAAAACUGGCUCCAAUUAAUGACAGAAUCAAGUACCUUCAUUAUUACGCGGAAGUUGAAAUCAAUGAGGAAGAUCUUGAUAUUUCAAAGGGAAGACCGCUAGGAUCAGGAGAGUUUGGAAUAAUACGAAAAGGAUUUUUGAGAAGCAAAAAUUCCAAAAAUAAGGAAACAGAAAGCAGGUUGGAAGUGGCAGUGAAAUCACCGUUAAAUGAAUACAAUCAUAUUCAACAAGAAUUGAUAUAUGAUGAACUGAAAGUGAUGUGUGCAGUCGGUAAACACCCAAACAUUUUAGCCUUAGUCGGAGGAAUUACAAUUGGAGAAAAGAGGAUGAUCAUAUCCGAGCUUGUGGAGAACGGAGACCUACUAAGUUUCUUGAGAAAAAAUCGGCGAAAUUUCACAAUUGAUCAAUUGGCUUUUGAACCUGAAAAACCGUCAUUGGGCCUUGUUGAUUUAGUCUCAUUUGCAUUCCAAAUUGCAAAAGGGAUGGAGUAUUUGAUUCACGUUCCGUGCGUUCAUAGAGACUUGGCUCUCCGCAAUGUGCUAAUAAAGGGAAAUAUGGUAAUUCGAAUUGCAGACUUUGGAUUGGCUAGGAGACAUAAAAAUAAAGAUUAUUACAAAACUCAAAGUGUCGAUACACCGCUUCCAAUACACUGGAUGGCACCUGAAAGUAUAGACAAAUUACUGUUCACUCAGAAAUCAGAUGUUUGGUCAUAUGGGGUCUGUCUUUAUGAACUAUUUUCUUUGGGAAAAUCACCUUAUAAAAAUGUGAUAAAAUAUGAUGAAAGAGAUUCCUAUUGCAAAUAUGUGCUGGCUUACUUGAAUGAAGGAAAACGACUUGCACAGCCUGCACAUGCUGAUGCUGAAAUAUAUAAUGUAAUGAAACUAUGCUGGGAUCUAGAUAUGAAUAGUCGUACAACAUUCUUAGACUGCAUUGAGUUUUUUGAGAAAGAAUUGAAAACAACAUCAAAUGAGUAUUUUCUUGAUCUCACCAGAAAGCUCCGUUCAGAAACCAACAAUCAACUUCGACUUAGUAAUUGGCUUUCUGAUGAGAAACAUUGUGAUAGUUAA